GAACCAUGGGGGGAAAGAGCUUUAGAUUUCUACAAGGAUAACAAAGUCUUAGAUUAGGUUACCAAGGACGCGUAAAUUCUUGGCACCGUGCGUAAAAAGAUGGAAUUGUUUGGAUGAUAUACUCAACAACAACCCGGACUAUUUUCUGUAGGUUAAUUUCCUGAGAGCUGCUUUGUAAAGCCAUUUCUAAAAGCUUAAAUCUGAAAAUACACCAAAGGUAAGCUACAGAGCCGCUCCCUGAUUCAGCACCGGAUUGGUUUUGGAGCGCGAGGUACAUCAACAAGAGGUACAUCACCCGCUCCUAUCCUGUCUGAACUGGGCUAAAGUGGGAUAAGUGACACAUCCAUCGAUGUAGAGAUGCUUUAGAGAAAAUACCGUUAAGUUACUCAGUCCGAGUACCGUCACACUUACUCUCCGCCCACAAUUGUAAACGCAGCUAUACCAACAGCGGUGGUAAAGUUGUCCUGAUAUGCCUCCCAGCCGCGAAGAUGACAGAUUUUGCCCACAAAUCACAGUUUCAAGGUAACGUUUUGACAGCGGACGGAAACGCCUCCGUGCUCUCCGGUGAACUUCUCACUGACAGAGUGCAAAAUGGGACACAACCACCUGUUCUCUGCGAGGACGGCCAUCCUUUGUUCGCUGCUCAUGUGUCAGUCAGUUCUCUGUCAUGAGAAGACCCACUCGCACGCCGAGGAUGAACUCUUCAAGACGCUGUUCGCUGGUUACAACAAGUGGUCGAGACCCGUGCCAAACAUUUCCGAUGUGGUCAUCGUCAAGUUCGGACUGUCCAUAGCUCAGCUCAUUGAUGUGGAUGAGAAGAACCAAAUGAUGACAACCAACGUGUGGCUUAAACAGGAGUGGAAUGACUACAAACUUCGCUGGAGACCAUCAGACUACGACAACGUGACGUCAAUAAGAGUGCCGUCAGAACUCAUCUGGGUGCCAGACAUCGUCCUCUAUAACAACGCUGAUGGCGAGUUUGCUGUGACCCACAUGACGAAGGCUCACCUUUUCUACACCGGUAAAAUCCGCUGGGUCCCUCCUGCCAUUUACAAAAGCUCCUGCAGCAUCGACGUCACCUUUUUCCCGUUCGAUCAACAGAACUGUAAAAUGAAAUUUGGCUCCUGGACGUACGACAAGGCCAAGAUCGACCUGGAGAAAAUUGAAAACACGGUGGACCUAAACAAUUACUGGGAAAGCGGCGAAUGGGCCAUCAUCAACGCUGUGGGGACGUACAACACAAAGAAGUACGACUGCUGCCAUGAGAUCUACCCAGACAUCACCUACUUCUUCAUCAUCCGGAGGCUUCCCUUGUUUUACACCAUCAACCUCAUCAUCCCGUGUUUGCUCAUCUCCUGCCUCACCGUUCUGGUUUUCUAUCUGCCCUCAGACUGUGGCGAGAAGAUCACGCUGUGCAUCUCUGUGCUGCUGUCUCUCACUGUCUUCCUCCUCCUCAUCACUGAGAUCAUACCGUCCACAUCCCUCGUCAUCCCGCUCAUCGGCGAGUACCUCCUCUUCACUAUGAUUUUCGUCACCCUCUCCAUCGUCAUCACCGUCUUUGUGCUCAACGUGCACCACCGCUCUCCCAGCACUCACAAGAUGCCCCGCUGGGUCCACUCCGUCUUCCUGGACUUGAUCCCACGGUGGUUGUUCAUGCGACGGCCUGCGCCAGAUGGCCGACGUCGCAGGCUGUUGCUGCUGCAACAGGAAGCAGCGCUGGAGCAGCGGCAGUGCCGGAUAUCUGGGUACAAAUCUGGAAACUGCCUCAGCACCUCGGCGAACUGGUUAAGGGACGGGACAACAUCAGAAGACCCCGAGAGAAGCUCUUAUGAGGAUUUAGAGCUGGGAACUCUGACGUCAUAUUUCUCCUUCCGCCCUCCUUCACCUAGACCGCCAGGGUCGACCCCGCCGCCACAGCAGAAAAACCCACAGAACAGCCUGAACCGACAGGAAACGGCUGCAGGGACGAACAGACAUUUAACAGGGGCCAGAGUCAAUCUCACUAAGAGGUCAAUCAAAGCUGAUAAUUCAGUAUCAGACUCAACAUUCUUGCUUUCACCAAGCGUUAUACGCGCUCUGGAAGGGGUGCACUACAUCGCAGACCAUCUGAGGGCGGAGGACGCCGACUUCAGUGUGAAAGAGGAUUGGAAGUACGUCGCUAUGGUGAUUGACCGCAUCUUCCUGUGGAUGUUCAUUAUUGUGUGCCUGCUCGGGACCAUCGGCCUCUUCCUUCCCCCCUGGCUAGCCGGCAUGAUCUAGCUCUUGUGAGAAGGUGUGAAAAAUUCAUAACCACCUCUAGUUAGUGAAGUUUGACACUCAAAAUGUAGCUGAACUCUAUUUCAAGCCUGGGUCAGUGGCCUCACGAGGCCGCAAACGCUCUUCACACAACACCAAACCAGAAGUUUGCUUAUUUUAGAUCCUUUUAAUGAGUGGGGUAAAAAUCAAAAGGCCAUUUUAG